CUUCUUAUAUUGGUGUAAUUUGUCAUCUUAUUAUCAGUAUACAUUUACAUUAAGUAAUUCCUGGUAUUGAAAUGCAAUGCUAAACAACACCAGUGCAUUUUAAAACAAGGAAUAUCUUUCUAAAAGUAAGGCUAAAGAAAAGAACAAUGCAGGAGGAAUUUGUAUUUAAAAAAUGUAUUGAACAAAAUUGGGGAGCUUUGAAGUCUGAAGUGAAGAUGUCCACUGUUGCCGAUUUUCUGAUAGAGAAAGGGGCACUAAAGAUGGAGGAAUGGAGAGAUUUGAAAUUAUCGGAGAUGAAAGAAGAACAAAGAACGGAAAAGUUCUUGUUUGCUCUUUGUGAGAAAACCAUAGAUGAUUUCCAGAUAUUCAUAGAAGCGCUUCACAAUAGCAAAUAUGAGAAAUUGGCGUCUAAAUUGAAGGAUACACGUGGUUUGAAAUCAAAGAAACAUGUAAAAGAAGAAGGAAAGAUAAGGAAUCUAGAGGAUAUGCUCCAAGUAGAACAAAUACAAGCUCAAUUUCCAGUAGACAGCCAGAAAAGUGAAAAAUCUAGCAAAGCUGAAGAAUCCGAACUGGUUAUCGUUUUGCAAUCCAUGCGUGAUAAUCAAGCAAAGAUGGCAAAUGUCAUAGAAACAAUGGAUACGAACUUUCGAGCGGAACAGAGAAGAAUGACAUCUGCCAUAGAUACGAUGGAUACGCACGUGCAAAGUAUGAAACUAGAAAUGGGAACAUUAAGGGAAGACAUAAGGAGCAAGGGACAGGAACAUAUCCAGCUAAUUGAAGAAAACAAAAGACUUAACUCUAAAAUAGAAGAACAAAGAAAAGAAAUUGAGGCUACAUAUUUAAAAUUAGAGCGAGUGUUAGAGUCACAGGAACGCGACCAAAUAAAGAGCGAAGAAUUAUCCAAGAAAUACAAAGAGUUACAAAAGGCUAAAGAUAAAAUAGAUAAUGACCAUAAAAGAAUAUUUGAAAAUGUAGGGUCGUUUGAAACAAAAUUUUCGGAAUUGAUGGGGAAGGAAAUUUCAUUUGAAAACACAUUGGUUCAUUUGGAAAUUCAUUUGAGAAAAGAACAGAGGAAUAAAGCCUCUCUAGUGAAGGAACUGGAAGAAAAGAAGCAAAUGUCCCAAGAUGUAGAACAACUGAAAAGGGAAAUUGAAAAAUUGAAAACGCAAGAGCAGGAGAUGAGAAGAAAUAAAGAAGGAAUGGAGAAAAAGAUGCAGGAUCUAACAAAAGAAAAAAAUGCUCUAAAAUUCCAAUAUGACAUUCUUCAUGUGAAAUAUAAUCGAGAUAAAAAAUAAAAACAUGGUUGUUCCUUUUCACAAACAUUGAAAAUUGGGGGGGGGUUGAACUUUAUUUACAACUACUAGUGUUCCAUAAUAACCAUUUAGAGUUUCGUUUUCGGGGAGCAAUGUUCGUGAUCAAGCGUAAAAUAGGCUUUACAACGCCUGAAAACUCUGAAAAACUGCUUCUUCAUAACACAUUGCAUUGGGGAAGACGUUCCUCUAAACGCAGUUUUGUUUUUUCUGCUUUUUUUCAUGUUUUUUCAUCCGCAAAUAAGACAUUUCUGUUAUAAUUCAUGAUAAAAUACAAAGACAAUUACUGAGCAAUCUUUUCAUAUAAGUAGUAUAGUAAGAUCUGUUUUAAUACGUUGUUCCAUAGAUGUGUAUGUGUGUAUCAGUUAUCCUCUGUUUGAAUUAGUAAAAUUAGUAAAGUAGUCUAGACAAGAUACAUUUUAUGUAUGCAAAAUUCUAUACAUUUCUACAUCUACAUGUAUAUGUGUAGGUGUAUUGGGUAACGGAAUAAAAACAAGCAUCUUC